AUGCACUGGUGGAGGAUAUCGAAAGGGAAGCACGUCUCCGCCUAUCGACUACGCCACGGGAUGUAUGGUAGCUUUAUGGGUUAUGAUGUUUUGACAGAGAUUCAAUCAGACCAAGCGACUAAGAAAGCUCGUCUGAGUGGUGAAACAGAAGUGAUGCAAGGUCCAGAGACUCAUCAGACCUCGGAGGAAUCGGAUUCAUUGAAGAAGCUUCAGACUGACUACAUGGGCUCAGGUUCCCUUUCCCCAAACCUGACACCAAUAGACAGAGGCACGGUGGGCCCGGUACCACCACCAGUCCCAUGA